AUGGCAUGGGCCCGGGCAUCCAAGAAGGAGAAGAACAGCCAGAAAAUGAGUUCGAAGGCCCGCGCGGCCAUCAAAGCAGCGGCUGCCCGAGCGAAAACUUGGUUGUCAUCUCGCGACAAGAGAUGCGAACGUGGGGCAUACUUUGUCGCUGCUCGAAGAGGCUUCGGCGGAUGCAAACGUCUCUGCGUGUCGCUGGAUGCAAGUCGCGGAGGCGGCCGGAAGCGGAGCCAUUUCGCCAUGCUGGAUUUAGAGUCCGGCGUGGCGUGCUGGGGUCAGUGUUGGGAACGGGUCUCAGUUCGUGCUAUCAGUUUGGGCCUUCAGCUAGAGACACAUGCCGACUCCGAGUACAGACAAGCUGGCACGCAUGCCGCGCCUGUGGAAGCUGGACUGUUCGAGCAGGCCACAGUGCAGUUUCUUCGAAUGCAGCGACAGCGGGAGACGGAAGAGACAGAGAAGCAGAAGAAAGUCAAGAACCCGUUGCUGCAGGUGAGCAAACAGCGCCUGCCGACAUACGCAGCCCUGUUGUCCCUGGAUCACGUGAUGCUAUCACGGGUGGAGGAGGAAGCGGAUGAGUACUUGAGCUUGACAGACUUUUCGCCUUCCUCGACCUCCUGCACCACCCUCAUCAGGCAUCUGCUGCCACGAAUUCGCGCAGAGAAGAAUUGGGAGACCAGUGCAGACGUUCAAGACGUCCGAGCGGCCUUAGCCUCGGCUUCCUUCCUUCGGCGAAAAGGUACCACAAACAGCUCUCGGUGGGACUCGUUUCACGAGUCCUUUCGCAGCCGCAAAGGCGAAUGGGGGCUACUUUUGCUUGUCCUUCUGUCAUACGGACUUCGCCUCGGGUACAUCUUGAAUCCGAAGCAGGCAACCUUGAGUGAGGACAUCAGCCAAGUGCUGCCCAAAGCGGAGGAAGCAGCAUCGGGCCAGGCAGAGGUGGCAGAGAAAUCUCUAAAACAGGCAAAGCAGAAGAAGGAUGCGCUGUAUCAGCGUUGCAGGAACAAGCUUCACUGUUGCACAGUGCUGUUGGGCAGUAUGGAGUUUUGCCGGGACAUGACAGUUUGGUAUUUGGCCACGGAAGCGCUGUCUGCCGAGCUCAACCACGUCCGCAAGAACGUUCACGGUCGCAACGCAACCCGUGAGCUCAUGGUUGGACUGGCGUGCGGAACUUCGCCUAAGGUUGGCUUGGAUGUCAUCGCGGAGCUCUUACAAGUACCGCACAAUGCAGAAGGCCUGCGUCAGCUUCAUGUUUUGUUGCAGGAUGAUGUAGUUGGAGCGGUCAAUGUGAAGCAGAUUGCUCGAGAGGUGCAGCAUCCUUGGGUCAUGUGGCAAGACUCGAUCGUACAACAACUUACAGAUACCGUCCUUUGUGCUUGCCGAUUCAAGCUCAUGAACCUGUCUCAACACAUGUUCUGUUUCCCGCUGCGUUUUGCUGCGUUAAUUUCCGAGAAGCAGGAAGACGUCAACCGAUGUCUGAAGGAAUGUGUGGCGUUGUCUGAGAGCUGGGAUGCGGCUCGUCAUGCUGCGACUGACAGCAAGGCAUGGAAUGCUGUCUGCAGUAGAUCGCCGAUGCAGACUGUCGUGACAAGAGAGAUUUUUGAGGCCUUGAAGGCAUCCAACUUCGCGAGCGUGCCUCCGGACGUGCAUCGUUUUUUGCACGAUGUGAUGGGCAUGUUCUCGUCAACAUACAAUGAAGAAGCAUUCGGCGAGAUGCGGGGCCUGGAGUCCAGAGAGAACAAGUGUCAUGCCAUGCCGAACGCAGACAUCUGGCAGUCUGCCAGCCACUCAGGUGUUUUGCGUCGCUUCGGGUAUCGCGAAGUGGCUGUCGACGACUCACAAGAAGAUCCAAGGCUGCCAGAAAGUCUGUAUCACACCAAGGGCCUGGAACCAACGAUGGAGAACUUGAAACAUGCGAUGCUUCCUUCGGAGCUGAUGAUGACGAAAGACCUCUACACGAGGAAACUUCUCGAUCAG